AGUGCUGUUUUCCCCACUUCUCUCUCUUUCCCUCUCCUCACUUCCAUCCCCACAUGAGAAACAGUGCUUCACUGUACCGGAUGGACACCAGGUCCUUUUUCUCCUCCUCCUGGUCCAAUAUUUUUCCUUCCCUCUUUUCUCCACCUCUAUCAUCCAUCAGCAUGGUGAACAGAUAACUGCUAAGCUGUUGAACAUGGGCUCCUGCCUCUGCAAAGGUCACCAAGAGCUGCAAAGUGGCCAGCAGCACCCCAUGGAAGAGCUUCACUCAUAUGCUGAGGGACAGCCAAUCUUUAAGGGUAACCAUCAGUCCUACAAUGGCAGCAUGUCAGAUAAAAGGAGCAGCAGCGGGUAUGACAUUGGAGAAUUGGCUAAUUCUUCCCUGAUGGGACUGCUGGCCACUAUUAAAGACCACAUCACUAAGCCAACUGCAAUGGCCCAGGGCCGAGUCGCCCACCUGAUUGAGUGGAAGAGUUGGGGAGGGGAAGCGACGUCUGGAGGAGGCUGGUGUGGCUGGACGAGAGAUGGUGGAGGAUGGGGAGGUGUGGGAACCGCACUGCAGGAGGACGAGCAGCUCUACUCCCACCUCACUGAUGAAAUCAAAGAAGCACGAUUUGCUGCGGGUGUGGCGGAGCAGUUUGCUCUGGCUGAGGCAGCGAUGAAUGCCUGGUCCACACACGAUGCUGAAAAUAUAGCCACAUCCAGUACAAUUCCAUUACAAGACCCCGAGGGCCCUUAUCUUUCUCAGUUCCUGUUGGAUGGAGGGAGUUUGAGUGUUCCUCGGCACAUGUACGGAAUGCACAUGGAAGCUGAUGACACCAGCUCUCUAGCAACUUCUCAUCCUCCUCAGUCUCAUUCCCCCAGUCAUUCUCAUUCUCCGCUGGACACGGAGCGUCCACCGCAGGUGCAGAGGAUCUCGCCUUUGGGAGGGUCUGUAAGACACGCAGACAGCAUCUCCCUGUCGGAGGAUGAAGUUUUUUAUAACUGAAAUGUUGAUGACACAGUGGAACGAAAAGGUUCUUUGUGUUCACUGAUGUGGGAGAGAUGCAGAUGAGGUUACGUCUGGGGUUAUCACUUUACUGUUAAAGUAUGUAAUAGCCACAGCUGAGCCUCUUUGACAAGCAAUGAACACAGGGAUUAUUGUACACACGGACAUGUUAUUUCCAUAUCAUGUUGCCUUUUUGCAAAUGAAAGCAUCUCUGUUUGCGGUAAUGAUGAUGGAGAUUGGACUUUAUGUUAACAGGGUCAGACCAA